AUGUUGUGGAAAUUAGCCGACAACGUCAAGUAUGAAGAGGACUGCGAGGAUAGGCACGAUGGGAACAGCAAUGGGAACCCCCGCCUCCCCCACCUCCCAGCAGUCAGCCAGCACCUCUACAGUCCCGCAGCCCCACCUCUUUCACAUUCAGGGGCUUCCGACUUCCAGCCGCCUUACUUCCCACCGCCCUACCAACCCUUACCCUAUUCUCAGUCUGCUGACCCGUACUCUCACCUGGGCGACCCGUUCUCCAUCAACCCCCUGCACCAGCCUGCGCCAGCGGCCAGCCAGCAACAGGCCUGGCCCAGCCGGCAAAACCAGGAGCCAGCUGGCCUGAGCCACCACACAAGGCCGGGCCUUGUCCCCCAUCUCUCCGGGCUCGAUGCUGGUGCCCCAGGGGCAAGGAGGGAGACCUACAGACGUUCUGAGCUGCUUCUGCAGCCCCACAGCCACGGGUUAGAUGCAGCACUUGUGGAAAACCUGGGCUUACACGACAUGACCCAUCAAAUGGAAGAUGUUCAGAAUGUGGAAGACCAACAUUUGCUGUUGCAUGAUCAGACAGUCAUCAGGAAAGGUCCUAUUUCAAUGACCAAAAGCAACUCCUUGGGUCUCCCUUGUCAGAAGGAUGGGAUGCUAGGAGCAGUGGUUAAUCAUAAUGAAGUAUUUUGCUCUGUUCCUGGAAGACUUUCUCUCCUCAGCUCUACAUCCAAAUACAAAGUGACUGUAGCUGAGGUGCAGCGAAGACUUUCCUCUCCUGAAUGCUUAAAUGCUUCUCUAUUGGGCGGUGUGUUGAGAAGAGCCAAAUCCAAGAACGGGGGCCGAUCUUUGCGAGAAAAAUUGGAUAAAAUCGGUUUAAAUCUUCCAGCUGGACGAAGAAAAGCUGCUAAUGUGACAUUACUAACUUCUUUGGUAGAAGGUGAAGCUGUGCAUCUGGCCCGAGAUUUCGGUUAUGUCUGUGAAACUGAGUUUCCUUCUAAAGCAGUAGCAGACUAUUUAACCAGACCACAUUUAGGACGGAAUGAAAUCGGUACCAGAAAGAACAUGCUGCUUGCUGCUAAACAAAUCUGUAAGGAAUUCACAGAUCUUCUCACUCAGGAUCGGACUCCUCUUGGAAAUACAAGACCCAACCCAGUUUUGGAUCCUGCCAUUCAAGGCUGCCUGACUCAUUUCAGUCUAAUAACGCAUGGCUUUGGGAGUGCGGCCAUAUGUGCAGCCAUGACAUCUGUCCAGAACUACCUAAAUGAGGCAUUAAAAAUAGCAGACAAAACCUACAUGAACACUGGCGACCAAAGCCCUGCUGAGUCCAACAAAACUAUCGAGAAAAUGGAUAAGCACCGGAAAUAG